AUGACAGCGUCGGGUACUACGGUGUUAUUGGGUACCGCCAUUGUUCGGGUUCUAGAUGCGCAUGGAAAAUAUCAUUUUGUGCGCGUAUUAUUGGACAGUGGAUCUCAAAUUUCGGCAAUCACUACGGAUUGCGUAGCUCGCAUUGGUUUAUCACGACGGAAAUGUGAAAGUGAAAUAGUUGGUCUAUCUCAAAGUCCGGUUACCCAAGUUAGAGGUAGCACGUCUUGUUCGUUCAUACCACACCAUACAUCGAGUCCAAAAUUUAAUUGCCACGAGUUAAUAAUACUUCAAAAGUUAACGUCUAUACUGCCGUCUACGCCACUGCCGCCAGAGGUACGCACACGAUAUCAACAUUUAGUAUUGGCCGAUCCCCAGUUCGACACUCCGUCUCAGAUCGACAUGCUACUUGGAGGUGAUUUAUAUCCGUUUCUUAUCCGUUCUGAGUCGAUAGUAAAACACACUUCCGAUUUUCCUUCAGCCAUGGACAGCCAUCUGGGAUGGAUUAUAAUGGGAUUAGUUAACCCGCUUAGUAGGGCUUCCGCCCCGCGUACAUCAUUGUUGCUUACAUCUAGUCCGUCGAUAGACACCCUGAUACAUCGGUUUUGGUCCAUUGAAGAACCCGUGGCUCCCGCAGUUCCUACCACGGAAGAUGAGCUGUGUGAGAGGUGGUUUACCAAAUCUACAUCACGAGAUGCAGAUGGGCGGUUUUGUGUUGCUCUACCGUUUCGACACCACGUUUUAACUAACGACGAUGGUAUUCAGAUAUCCCCUCCCAAGUCCGGAAUUAAUUCGUCAUCAUGUCAACUCGGAGAAUCCCGAUCUUUAGCUUUGAAACGUCUUUUAAACUUGGAAAAUCGCCUCCAAAAGGACAAGCUGUUGUAUGAGUCAUAUCGAUCUUUCAUGAAUGACUACCUGGCGUUAGGACAAAUGAAGGUUGCUACCCGACCUGGUAAAUAUUACAUACCUCACCACGCGGUAGUGAAGCGGGAUGGCGAUAAAUCUAAAAUACGGGUAGUUUUCGACGCGUCAGCGAAGUCAUCGUCAGGAGUUUCUCUCAAUGAUAUUCUUUGUGUUGGACCGAAACUACAAAAUGACAUAAGUGAACUCUUACUCACAUGCCGGUUAUACAAAUAUAUUUUCAUUGCCGACAUUGUUAAAAUGUACCGUCAAAUCAAGGUCCGUGAUGAAGACUGCGUGUUUCAACACAUCCUUUGGCGACAUUCCCCGGAACAGGAGAUCCAGGAGUACGAAUUAUUGAAAGUUACAUAUGGUUUGAGUGCCGCUCCAUUCUUGGCCAUACGUGUCUUGCACGCUUUGGACGCCUGCGCGGAACCACUAUUUUCCACCGCUAAGGGCGUUUUAACUAACCAUACCUAUGUCGACGACAUUGUGGUAGAACGGAAUACGGAAGCGGAAUUGAGUCAGUGUAGCAAUAGCUCCAGGAUUUUGGACUGCAUUCCGUCUGAAGAUCGAGCUAAUUGUCCUUCCUUCGAACCUAAAGAUGAACCAUCAUUGAAAGUACUCGGCCUACAUUGGGACCCCGCUACCGAUGCCUUUGGUUAUCACACGAAUGUUGAGGACACGCCCAAUACAAAGCGAGGGGUAUUAUCUGCUAUUGCUAGAUUGUUUGACCCCAUAAGUGCUCUCGGUCCGAUGUUAUUGUGGGCGAAAUCAUUCAUGCAACAACUUUGGCAGACACAAUUAGAAUGGGACACUCCGCUUCCUCUACAUCUACAGACAGCUUGGCAUCAUUUCUUGGCAGAGUUACCGUCGUUAGGCAACAUAGAAAUCGCUCGCCAUAUCGACACCAGAGGAUUUCAGGAUGUCCAAUUGUUAGGGUUUGCCGACGCAUCACAGAAGGGUUAUGCUGCUACGGUGUACUUCCGCGUUGUCGAUAGGACGGACAAGGUGUCCAUCUCCCUAGUGACAUGCAAGACCAAGGUCGCCCCUUUGAAAGGUAGUGAAAAGGACGAGUCUCUCACUAUACCUAGGUUAGAGUUAUGCGCAGCCCUCUUACUGGCUCAAUUGUUACAUCGGCUCUACCUGAAAAUCACGUCCAUCGUUCCGGUGUCAAAAGUGCGUGCUUGGACAGAUUCGUCUAUAGUGUUGUCAUGGCUCACUACUGACCAAAAGUUUUUUAAGAUUUUUGUUACCAACCGAGUAGCCAAGAUCCGUUCCCUACUCCCAGAGUGUGAGUGGUCUCAUGUAUCUACUAUGGACAACCCGGCUGACCCUUCAUCACGUGGAUGGUUGCCUGACGACCUCGUAGCAUGUAGCUUGCAUUGGAAAGGUCCACCGUUCAUACAUUUCCCGGAAGCGAGUUGGCCAGGGCCAUUCAUCCAAUCGCUCAGUCCUCAACACUUACCUGAAAUGAAGACUACGUCUGCGUGCGUGUUGGUUGUACGUGAAGCACCGAACUUUGAUAACUUUUUACUUAGAUUUUCAUCGUGGUUUCGUCUUCAACGAGCAUUAGCAUAUGCCUUGCGUUUCAUUCAUCGAGUAAUUUUUAAGCGCCCUACCGACGCAGACUGUCUCACGCCAGAUGAAUUGCAGCGGGCUAUGCGACUUGCCGUCCGAGUCACUCAGCGGACGCAUUUUCAAGAACUCCUGAAACAACUGGGCAAACCCAACCAUAUCAUAACCCCUCCUACUAUGGCUCAACUAGCUCCUUUUCUAGAUCGUACUGGUUUAAUUCGAGUAGGCGGUCGGCUGCAGCGAUCAAUGUUGAGUGAUGAUGCGAAACACCCGUAUUUACUGCCGAAAGAAUCUCAUGUUACAUCACUACUCAUCACCGCAUUUCAUCAAAGAUUAUUACAUGCAGGACCGAAACUUAUUGUCGCGAUGCUACGUCAGGAAUUCUGGAUUUUGUCGUGUCGAGAGGCCGUCCGCCGUGUCAUUUUUAAAUGCGUCACAUGCACUCGACACAAAGCACUACAUCCAACACCUCAUAUGGGCAUACUACCAGAAGCUCGGGUUCAUUCGGUACGCCCGUUUUCAAGUGUGGGCACGGAUUAUGGAGGACCAUACCUCAUUAAAGAAUGCAAAAGACGAAACACGAAGACCACUAAAGUUUACAUCGCAUUAUUUGUAUGUAUGGCCACUAAAGCCAUACAUGUUGAAAUUGUAUCUGAUUUGACGACUGACGCCUUUCUCGCCGCCUUAGACCGAUUUAUUGCAUGCCGGGGUGUACCAGCACAUGUGUAUUCUGAUUGCGGCACGAACUAUGUUGGCGCCGAUCGUCAAUUGAAACUUCUGUUUCGCAACAAGGACGUUCAGACUCGAAUAUCCGCACGCAUCGUUUGUAACUGGAAUUUUAAUCCACCAGCCGCACCGCAUUUUGGCGGUGUCUGGGAGGCGGGUAUCAAAAGUGUGAAAUUCCACUUGAAACGAGUGAUUGGCACUCAGGUACUCACCUAUGAAGAGCUCGAGACAUUGUGUGUUCGAGUCGAAGGAAUUCUAAACUCGCGCCCACUCACUCCAGCUUCGAUGGACCCACACGAUUUCACAGCCUUGACACCUGGACAUUUUCUCAUCGAACAGCCACUCCUAGCAGUGCCGGAGGAGAACAUCAUUGAGGGUCGUCAGAAAUGGACUACUAUCCAGGACAACUUGAAGGUCGACGAUCUAGUCAUUGUUGAGGCACCCAAUCAACCCCCUUCCGUGUGGCGUAUGGGGCGCAUCACAGCGGUCCAUCCGGGUCCUGACGGUCCGUGUAAUUACGAUCAACACCCAAGAUGGGGAGAUGAAGAGACCGGUGGUCAAAGUGGUUAA